AUGCGGACCCAGCACAGUGCCGAUGAGGUGGGCAUCCGGCUGACCGGAGGGGGCUGCAGUAGCAGCAGCAGUAGUGGGGGGAGCUCAGGGCAAUCUCCUGGCUCUGACUCAGACUGCAGCCCUGCUCUAGGGCUGGCUGGAGGGGUAAGGGCAGUGCGAGGGGUCAUGUCCCACUACUGGAGUCUGGAGAGCUUACAUUCCACCAAUGCUCUGGUGAUAUCUGACGGGGCACCAGACAAGGCUGGCCUUGGGGACGAAGUGGGCAGCGAGGACGACCUUUACAACGAGUUCCGCAGCUCCGCAAACCGCUUCGGCCACCCUGGAGGAGGAGGAGGAGAACAGCUAGCCAUAAAUGAGCUGAUCAGUGAUGGCAGCGUCUGUGCUGAGGCCCUGUGGGACCACGUCACUAUGGAUGACCAGGAGCUGGGCUUUAAGGCCGGUGACGUCAUUGAAGUAGUGGAUGCCACCAACAAAGAGUGGUGGUGGGGCCGGGUACUAGACAGCGAAGGCUGGUUCCCCGCCAGCUUUGUUCGGUUACGUGUGAACCAGGAUGAGCCAAUGGAAGAAGAGUAUUUAGCUCAGCUGGAGGGGGCCCCCGAGGGUGGAGGGGCCAGCGUUGGGCGCCCUCUGGGUCCAGGUCUACCCUGCAAAGAGCAGAUGAGGGCCAACGUCAUAAACGAGAUCAUGAGCACGGAGAGGGACUACAUCAAACACCUGAAGGACAUCUGUGAGGGCUAUAUCAAACAGUGCCGCAAGAGGACAGACAUGUUUACAGAAGAAGAACUGCGCACCAUUUUUGGUAACAUUGAUGAGCUCUAUCGCUUCCAGAAGAAGUUCCUCAAAGGCUUGGAAAAAAAAUAUAACAAAGAUGAACCACACCUCAGUGAGAUUGGCUCCUGCUUCUUAGAACAUCAAACAGACUUCCAGAUCUAUUCUGAGUACUGCAACAACCAUCCCAACGCCUGCCUACAGCUUUCUAAACUGAUGAAGAUUAAGAAGUACGUGUUCUUCUUUGAGGCCUGUCGUUUGCUCCAGAGGAUGAUUGACAUCUCACUUGAUGGCUUCUUGCUAACCCCCGUUCAGAAGAUCUGCAAGUAUCCCCUACAGCUGGCCGAACUCCUAAAGUACACCAACCCUCAGCACAGGGAUUACAAAGAUGUGGAAGCUGCCUUAAAUGCGAUGAAGAACGUGGCCAGGCUUAUAAAUGAGAGGAAACGGCGCCUGGAGAACAUUGAUAAGAUUGCCCAGUGGCAGAGCUCCAUCGAAGAUUGGGAGGGUGAGGACGUUCUCAGCAAGAGCUCAGAACUGAUCUUCUCAGGAGACCUGACAAAGAUCUCCCAGCCUCAGGCCAAAGGCCAGCAACGCACAUUCUUCCUCUUUGAUCACCAGUUGGUCUUCUGCAAGAAGGAUUUGUUGCGAAGGGACAUACUGUAUUACAAGGGUCGACUGGAUAUGGAUCAUAUGGAGGUGGUUGACGUGGAGGAUGGGAGAGACAAGGACUUGAACGUUAGUGUGAAGAAUGCAUUGAAGCUGUGCUCUCCAGGAGGAGAGGAGAUCCAUUUGCUGUGUGCCAAGAAGCCAGAGCAAAAACAACGCUGGCUGCGUGCCUUCGCAGAUGAACGAGGGCAAGUGCAGCAGGACCGUGAGACAGGUUUCACCAUCACAGAAGUCCAAAAGAAGCAGGCUAUGUUGAAUGCAUCCAAAAGCCAUCCAGCGGGAAAGCCAAAAGCAGUGACCAGGCCCUAUUACGACUUCUUGCUGCGUCAGAAGCACCCAACCCUGCCCACCGCCCUGCCCCAGCAGCAGGUCAUCAUGCUGGCCGAACCCAAACGCAAGACCUCCAACUUUUGGCACAACAUUGGACGGCUGACACCCUUCAAAAAAUAA